CCUCGACCAUCGCAAUGUCUGCCCCCGCAUACUCGUCCACCCCGGGACAACAGCCCAACGCUGCACAGGCUGCUCAGCAGGCAGAGCUCAAAAGACGCGCAGAGGCCGAAGCUGACUCGAGAAGAACGAAACACACCCGCCCCCCUCUGCCCCCUCCCCAUGUCCUUGCGGCUCUAGUCCCCGACUCUCCCGCGUUCCUUGAGCUGAUGAAGGUAGAGCAAAAGCUGGAUUGGACGCUCAUGAGGAAGAAGGCGGAGGUCAACGAUGCCCUGGGAAAGCCUACGCGUGUCAAGAGAGCAUUACGCGUGUUUGUCUCCAACACGGCGCACGACCAAGAUUGGCAAAAGGAGCUCGACGCGGCUGCUGCUGGACUUGCACCUACUGGCGAAGCGUCCGCUAGCCGUGCCGAAGGCGACAAAGCGGAGAAGGCGGAAGGAGAUGUUACAAUGGAAGAUCCGAGUGCACCCAAGAAGAAGGAGGUGGAUGUCAGUAACGGGGAUGGCAUUGCAGGAUGGAUCCUGAAGAUUGAGGGACGGCUCCUGGAUUCUGGAAAUGUGAGGCUGGACCGGACAAAACGCAAGUUUACAACUUUCCUGAAAUCUGCCAUCAUCGAGUUCGACAACCGCGAAGCGCCCACCUACCCGGAAGGAAACAUUGUCGAAUGGCAUGCUACUGCCCACCAGGGCCCUCCUCUAGACGGGUUCGAGAUCCUCCGUCGGGGUGACCAGAACGUGCCUUGUAGAAUCACGCUGCACGUUUCACACUACCCGGAGAGGUUCAAGGUGCUGGAACCUUUAAAGGGGCUGAUAGCUGUCCACGAAGCAACGAGGGCAGAGGUGUUGAGCGCGGUUUGGAAGCUUGUCAAGGUCACAGGAUCGCAGGACAAGGAUGACGGGACCAUUGUGCGCCCGGUAGGCGGCCUGGAAAAGAUUUUCCCGCAAGGGCAAGAAAGUGUGGCAUUCCACCAAUUACCGGAACUCGCUUCGAGGUAUCUCGCGCACCCCGACCCUGUUGUGAUCCCCUAUACCAUCGAUGUUACAAAAGACUACAACUUCCACCAGAAGUGUUUUGACAUUCCGCUCGAGAUGGAGGACCCUCUCAAGUCUAAGAUGGCUGCCAUGGUCAGCAGCUUCGAGGGACCAGAGGGAGCAGAAGUGAUGAAACUGGAGGACAAGGUGGCCGAGUUGGCAUACUUUGUACGAGAGCUCAAGGAAAAGCGCGAUUUCUUGGAAUCUUUUGCCGUCAACCCUCAAUCCUUCAUCAAUUCCUACCUUGCUGCCCAAGCGCGUGAUCUUGAUCUCUCUCUCGGGUACCAGAUUGGUCAGGCUACGGCCAAUGGCGGGUCUGUCAGGGAGGAAGACUUGAGGAGGAGUGACCUGUUCCAGAUGCCUUGGGUGGAUGAGGCUGUGGGGGUCGUGGAAGGGGGAAGGAUGGAGGCGGAGAGGAGGGCGGUCGGGUAUGGGAGAUAGGUAGAGACGUAUUUGUAAUUUGACAUUCAUG